AUGCUUUUUUCUACAGCUGCUGGAAAAUCAACAUUUGUGGAUAUUCUCAAACAAGCUGAUGAGGGAUGGGAAGUUGUUCCUGAGCCUGUAGCUAGAUGGUGCAACGUUCAACAAAACUCUGAAGAGGAUUGUGAGGAACUGACUACGUCACAGAAGAGUGGUGGAAAUGUGCUUCAGAUGAUGUAUGAGAAACCGGAGAGGUGGUCUUUCACUUUCCAGAUGUACGCGUGUCUCAGCAGGAUUCGGGCUCAGCUCAAAUCCAUUGAUGGCAAACUCAGAGAGGCAGAAAAUCCUGUGGUGUUCUUUGAGCGAUCUGUCUACAGUGAUAGAUAUAUCUUUGCAGCUAAUUUAUAUGAGUCUGACUGUAUGAAUGAAACUGAGUGGACUAUUUACCAAGACUGGCAUGACUGGAUGAAUAAGCAGUUUGGUCAAAGCCUAGCACUGGAUGGGAUUAUUUAUCUCAGAGCCACUCCUGAGGUAAGGAAUAAGAAUUUAUGACCGCAAAGAUAAUGA